AAAGAACAUAUGGGAAAUAGAAACAAUGUGACAGAGUUUGUCCUCCUGGGGCUCACACAGGACCUGGAGGGGCAAAAAUUUCUGUUUAUCCCAUUCUUACUCAUCUACAUUGUGACAAUAGUGGGUAAUUUGCUUAUCAUGGUGACCAUUAUGACCAGCCAGUCUCUGGGUUCUCCCAUGUACUUCUUUCUGGCUUAUUUGUCAUUUAUAGAUGCUACUUAUUCUACUGUCAUUGCUCCCAAGAUGAUUGCAGACUUGCUCUAUGAGAAGAAGACUAUUUCCUUCCAGGCUUGUAUGACUCAAGUCUUUCUAGAUCACUUAUUUGCUGGUGCUGAAGUCAUUCUUCUGGUGGUGAUGGCCUAUGACCGAUAUGUGGCCAUCUGUAAACCACUUCAUUAUCUAAUCAUCAUGAAUCGGAGGACAUGUGUUCUUAUGCUGCUAGGGGCCUGGACUGGAGGCUUCCUGCACUCAUUGGUUCAAUUUCUUUUUAUUUAUCAACUCCCUUUCUGUGGCCCCAAUGUCAUUGACAACUUCGUGUGUGAUAUGUAUCCCUUAUUGAAACUUGCUUGCACCAAUACCUACCUCAUUGGAAUUUCUAUGAUAGCUAAUGGAGGAGCCAUUUGCACUGCCAUUUUCUUCAUUCUUCUAGUUUCCUAUGGGAUCAUAUUAUACUCCCUUAAGACUCAUAGUUUAGAUGGGAAACUCAAAGCCUUCUACACCUGUGCAUCCCAUAUAACGGUGGUUAUUUUAUUCUUUGUUCCCUGUAUCUUCCUGUAUGCAAGACCUAAUACUACCUUUCCCAUCGAUAAAUUCAUGACUGUGUUUUUAACAUUCAUAACUCCCAUGCUGAACCCCUUAAUCUAUACUCUGAGGAAUGCAGAAAUAAAAAAUGCCAUGUGGAAACUUUGGAGUAAAAAUGUGACCUUAGUUGGUAGAGAGUUGUAUUGCUCAUGCAAAAUAUGA